AUGGACAAGAUGGACAAUUCCGCACAGCCUCGCGACUCCCUGUCCUCUGUUUCCACGACCAGCCUCGUCUUCGACCGCAUCGACGAACGCGAAAAGUUGAGCCGCAACAACAAUCGAACCCACGACUUUGACGAUGACGAUCCACUAAAGGACGAUGAGCAGGAUGCCUUCCUCGGCGGGUCCGCCUCGGCGCGCGCUGGACGCGGCAUGGAUCACAAGCUGAAGCGCAUCAUUUUCAUUUUGGCGGGUCUGCUAUUGGCAUCUUGGCUUGGUGGCCUCGCGACGUUCAUUUCUUCCAAGUCUUACCAGAGCGCAUCCUCUAAAGAGCACGAUCCCGCAGCGACCAGCACAAAGGGUUCCGGCAAGAAGAUUACCUUGGACCAGGUGCUAUCGGGAUACUGGCGGCCGAAGGCGCAUUCGAUCAGCUGGAUUGCUGGCGCAAACGGCGAAGAUGGUCUGUUGCUGGAGCAGGAUGCGAUGGGCAAGGACUAUCUUGUUGUGGAGGAUGUGCGGAAAAUGGAUGAGGAGAGCGCUGCGUCCAACCCAGGGGUGCUGUCAUCACAGACGUUGAUGAAGACCUCAUGGUUCAGUGCUGCUGGUCGUCAGAUGACCCCCGACGAUGUUUGGCCAAGUCCUGAUCUGAAGAAGGUCCUCAUUGCCACGGACACAAAGCGUGUAUGGCGCCAUUCGUUCACCGCAAUCUACUGGAUAUUCGAUGUCGACACACAGACUGCCGAGCCUCUCGACUCGAAGACCCCCGAACUCAGGGUCCAGCUCGCACAGUGGAGCCCCGACAGCAAGUCUAUAUCGUACACGAGCGCGAACAACCUUUUCCUCCGCAAGGUUGAGAGCCAGCAGAUCGUGCAAGUGACGACGGAUGGAGGUCCCGAGUUCUUCUACGGCAUUCCGGACUGGGUAUACGAGGAAGAGGUCUUUGGCGACAACAGCGCGACGUGGUGGUCAACAAAUGGCGAUUUCCUUGCUUUCCUGCGGACCAAUGAAACCCUGGUCCCCGAGUAUCCUAUCCAAUUCUUCAUCGACCGGCCUAGCGGGGAAGCGCCAGCUCCUGGGGAGGAGAGCUACCCCGAGGUUCAGCAGCUCAAGUAUCCGAAGGCCGGUGCUCCAAACCCAUUCGUUGAUCUCCUCUUUUAUGACGUCGCCAAAGGCGAUAUGUUUUCCGUCGAGAUCGGCGGAGGUUUCAAGCCUGAGAACCUCCUCAUCACCGAUGUGCUGUGGGCAAAUGGUCAAGUUCUCAUCAAGGAAACGAAUCGCGUCAGUGACGUGAUGAGGGUUGUCCUCAUUGAUGUCACCGCUCGUACUGGCAAGACCGUGCGCACCAUCGACAUUGGCGCGAUUGAUGGCGGGUGGUUCGAGAUCUCUCACGAAACAACCUUCAUCCCUGCCGAUCCCGACAAUGGUCGUCCUCACGAUGGCUAUCUGGAUGCCAUUAUCCAUGAGGACGGUGACCAUAUUGCAUACUACAGCCCCAUGGACGCCGAGAAGCCAGUCAUGCUGACCUCUGGCAAGUGGGAGGUCGACGGUGGGGCUCGGGCGGUUGAUCUCAAGCAAAACCUGGUGUAUUUUGUGGCUACCAAGGAGUCGGCUGUUCAAAGACAUGUCUACAGCGUAAAACUGGAUGGCUCGGAUCUCAAGCCACUAACAGACACAUCGAAAGAAGGCUAUUAUGGUGUGUCUUUCUCCGACAAGGCUGGCUAUGCCUUGCUCACCUACCGUGGCCCCGGCAUCCCUCAACAACGGGUCGUCAGCACGCCCAGCAAUUCGGAGUCGUUCAACUACCUCAUCGAGGACAACAGCGAGCUGGCCGACAGGGCCAAGAAGCACGAGCUCCCGCUCAUCGAUAUUGGCACCAUUGAGGUAGACGGCGUUCAGCUCAACUACAAGGAGCGCCGCCCGCCGCACUUCAACCCCAAGAAACAGUAUCCAGUCCUGUUCCAGCAGUACUCGGGCCCGGGUUCGCAGAGCGUGGACAAGGGUUUCUCCGUGGACUACCAAGCCUUUGUCGCCGCAGGCCUUGGAUAUGUCGUGGUGACCGUCGACGGCCGCGGCACGGGUUUCAUGGGCCGCAAGCAUCGCGUCAUCGUCCGGAAGCACCUUGGCCAAUGGGAAGCGCACGACCAGAUCGCCGCGGCCAAGAUCUGGGCCGGCAAGAAGUACAUUGACUCUUCGCGCGUGGCCAUCUGGGGCUGGUCCUACGGAGGUUUCCAGACCCUCAAGACCCUCGAGACCGACGCCGGCCAGACAUUCAAGUACGGCAUGGCCGUCGCGCCGGUGACGGACUGGCGGUUCUACGACAGCAUCUACACGGAGCGGUACAUGCUCACGCCGCAGGACAACAGUGAGGGCUACGACGGCACCGCGAUCAGCAACGUUACAGCGCUGUCCGAGAACGUCCGGUUUCUCAUCAUGCACGGCGUCGCCGACGACAACGUGCACAUGCAGAGCACGCUGACGUUGUUGGACAAGCUCGACCUUGCGCGCGUCGAGAACUACGACCUGCACAUGUUCCCGGACAGCAAUCACGGCAUCUACUUCCACAACGCGAACGUGAUUGUCUAUGAUAAACUCACAAACUGGCUGAUCAACGCCUUCAACGGGGAGUGGCUCAAGAUCGCCAAUGUCAAGCCCGCCACGGACGUGCGAGAGCGCGAGAAGCGGGCUGAUUACGGGGUCGUAGUCAAUGAGGGGAGAUAA